AUGGAUAUGAGCACAAUGACCAUGUCCUCUACGGGCUCCAUGAUGAUGACCAGCUCCGCUUCUGCAGCAGCUGCUACGAGCACAACGGCCAUGCACACCGCAGGAGGUAGUGGCAUGGACAUGGGCGGCGGCAUGGGCCCGAACGCAUGCAAGAUCUCGGCACGUCGAUCCCUUACUUACUACCUACCGCUCAUGCUACCGUUGCCUAGAAUGUUAUGGAAUUGGUACACAAUCGACUCAUGCUUCCUCGCCCGCAGCUGGCACGUACGCUCCGGCGGCGCAUUCGCAGGCUCCUGCAUCGGCGUUAUCCUCCUAGUCAUCUCACUCGAGUUGUUACGUCGUGCUCAGCGGGAGUUCGACCGCUAUCUGCGGCGUUCUGAUGCACAACUGAGCAGUGAUAGUGAAGCUGGCGGCGUCAGCGGCAGCAGCGAAUCCGGUACGGCUAAAAGCAGCAGCAAGAUCAAAGUGGCCGGCUUUGGAUCUUCCUCGUCGGCAUGGAGCACCACCUUCGCUCCGAAAAAAUUGAAGUUGUGGCAGCAAGUCGUCCGCUCUCUGCUGUACAUGGUUCAAUUUGCGGUCGGCUACUUCAUCAUGCUGCUGGCUAUGUAUUACAAUGGCUACAUCAUCAUCUGCAUCUUCAUCGGCGCUUUCUUGGGUGCAAUGAUAUUCCAAUGGGACACGUACGGUGCACGCUGUGACCCGGAGCAAAGAGAUAGCUGCUGCACUUGA